AUGGAGUUUUACCUCGGGACCAUACCUUUCAGACCCGACCCUAGCGCGUGCACACUGCAUGUGCAAGUUGUGCCUAAAACCGGGCAAGGCAGUUCCUUUCGCGUGGAUAUCAAGGACAAGGCUUUUACAGCUCCCAACGAAGUCGCGGAAGCGCUCUCUGCUGAGAUAGCAGUUAAACUCAGAGAAUGCGAUGCGAAUGCUAGCAUGGAGAUCAGCUACUGCAAGAGAGGGAAACGAUUUUUGGUCAAGAACAAGAGCAGGCUAUUCACCGUACGGCUCGAGACAAACGAGGCAAGCAUUUUGGCGAAGCUAGGGUUCACCACCAACCUGCCGCUAGAGCUUGGUCCCGACAGCGAAAUACGCGCCGAUAGUGACUGGGAAAUUGGCAACCACGACCAACCUGGCGGGCGUUCACUGGAGGAUCAACGCAUCAGGGAUGACCCGGGAUUUACGGAAUUGCGGGCGCGAUUCAAUAGGCAAUUUGGACCCCGGGGGGGCAAGCAGCGUCGGGGGAAGAACAUAAGUACGCCGACAGAAAACGACCGGCAGCCGUCCGUGGCCCUGCAUGACGGCCAUCUCCUUUUGGCGGAGUACCUGUUCUCCCUCGUAUGUCUAUCGAUGUUCCGACAGGAAGGCCUAACCAUGCGGAUGAGGAGCCCGGGCAUCGGUUCUGAGACCGACAACUUCCUCGACGAACUUGUGACCGAAGACUGCCUCGACAGCUUCGACACAAGACUGGGCAGAGUCUGCAGAUUCAAUGUUGGCACCAAGGGAGACCCCUGUUUCUGUGACAUCCACUCCGUCGUGGACUUCGUUAAGCAGGCGUACGUAUCAGCAGCUCGGGAAGAGCUCAAAGACAACCCACACGAUGACCGAUCGUGUCUACGAUACAUCUUGAGGGAGAAACUCAAAGCCAGCGCUGUCGCGGAGAACACUAGCGCCGAAUAUUCCUGGUUCAACGAGACAGAUCGAGUACUUCGAGACCUCUUGAGGGGAGAUUCUGACAGAGGUCACGGUCGUAUGGUUGUAAUGCGUGUCUACGAAAGGGAGGAACAACUCAGUAUGCAGCAUUGUCUGCGCCAAGCGAGGCGAGAGCUCCUUCUACAUGAUGGGCCGACAGAGCGCCCGUUGUUUUCGGUAGUAUGCGACAACGGAGACACAAACCUGUCACAGGACAUCGAGGAGUACUUCCGGGAUAGCUUCAACGUCCAGGAUGAUGCAGGGGGGGUUUCAACCCUCGGUAACAGGAUGGUGGAGCUGCGAAAACUACCAGGGUCGCGCAACACAUCGCUCUCGUACGAAGAUCUGCUGAAUGUGCCGAUGAUACUCAUACUGUGCGAAAAAGGGCGGAUGGGCGAUACGUUCCCUCACUCGCUUGGUUGCUUCGACCUGCGUCUUCGGGUAGCCGGGUACUUCUCAUCAUUCGAGCAGGAGCUGGGUCGCCUUUGCCGAUAUCCCGCAUUUCGCAAAAUCAAUGGUGGUUCGGGUCCCUCCCGCGAAGACGCGAUGUCACUUGGCUGUGAGGUCCUCGAUCGCAAGCGCUUGGUCAAGGUAUCAACACCUGCUGGCAUAUUGUCCGUGGCUGAUACCUGGUGGCUGCUGGAAAGUAUCAUUGCCUCGAUUGGCGCGGACGACGUUAUAACUCUGGAGGAGAGCGUGUUCCCGCUUCCCACAGCUUUAGUCCCCAGUCACACGAUGGGAAAGCUUCUCAAGGCUGUUGAGGAACACAGGCUGACGAACACGCCAAUCUCGAAGUGCAUCCGGAUGGCCAAGAUGGAUUUGCACAUGAUCGGUUCCACGAACAUAAAGAAAAAGCCGAACACUGAAACGGAGAACGCGCUCCACAACUACUCUGCGUAUCGCCCGGCCGAGAAACACUUCGACCACCGCAGGGGUCUGUCCGAGCGCAAAGAUCCACGGCGUCUGAUCCUGUCAGCAGAGUGCCAAAUCGGCAAGACCGGAGUCUACCUCGACUACCUCUCCAAGCUUACCAACGCGACUACUGCGAGCUGUUCGGAAAUAGUUCCUUGUCCCCCGCCGGUCGAAGAUGGGUGGCCCAGAGAGGAGCUCAGCUGGCUCCUUCCGCACUGGCGGACUCUAAUCGGCAUCGCACCCAUGAGCAACGAGUACAGCACACUCCUCGCUAGCAAAUACACGGAGGGAAUCGUGAGGGAGCGCAUACAUCUCGUGAGGCAAAGCUGCUGCGAGGGCAACAGGUGGCGGGAUGAGUACGCGGCUCUACUCGUCGAUUCGUGUGGCGAGCAUGUGCGGUCUGUGAUAGGUAAUCAAUACAUUGAGGCCCUCCGGCAGCGCGAGCUUGUGCCCCCGUUCAAUACGGAAGGAGACCCUACGCCGGCACCUGCCUGUUUUGAGUCCCUGAAAGAGGCCAUAAAUUGGGACGGCAGAUUCGAGCCUGGCCUCGGUGUCCAGUUCUGCGCGUGCGAAAGUCAAUGCACGUGCGCCAUGGCUGGCGACGCCUACGGGAAGGGACUUACGCUACAAUUGGCGGACCUUACACGAGCGGGAGGCGAACAUGGACGCGUAGAUGAGCGCUGGAAUAUGCCUCAGGAUGGCGAUGAAGGGCCUGCAGCCAAGGACGCACAUGUGCGUAAAUUCGCGGCGAAGCAGCCGCCGUGCAACUGGGCCAAUGGAGAAGCACAGGGCAACUUGAGCACCUGCACCUUCCGGCACCCUCGAGAACCGGAAAGUGGCCAUACGUUCAGCCUACACGUGUCUAUCCCCACUGAAGAGAUUGGCGUCAUUUUUUUUAAUCCUAAAAAAACUGCGUCAAGGUGGAUAUUUACCCCGUCGUACAACCGGGCCGCUUCCGGUCCACGACAGGCGGUCCUGGAUCGAUCAGUCGCCCUGCAGCAAGGGUGUGACCCGCCUGACGUGGGAACCAGGUUCCACAUCAACGUCCUGGUGGUUCGCUGGGAGCAGUUCGCCCUCUACAGGCGACACUUUGGCCAUCAGUACGUGGUCCUGGCAAUGCCGGGUCGGAUGCCUUGCUUCGAAAGUGAAGGUGGAUACUGUUCUGCUGAGGAGGGCGGGAUUGGAUACGCCCGGCACUUCAUACAGCAGUGGUCUUCCACCAGAGACAUACCCUUCGUCUGGAUGCUGGACGACAACGUCCAAAUGUGCCAUGAGCUUGACGUUGAUACGGGGGAGUACAACCCGUGCGGAUUCACCCACGUCAUGGAUUCCCUGGAACGAAUCUUGAUGCUCCCUGACAGUACGAACAUCGUUGUGAAUACCGCGCAGCAGUCAGUCUCCAAACACGCCGCCAGCCGCACGACCUGCCCUCCCGACCUCGAAUCCCUCCGUGGGCAGACGGUUCCUGGCAGGACGAUGCAUCUCACCACAGUAGCAGGUUUCUGCGGCAAACCAGACCACUACGGAGUGCUAGGAAUCUCAAGGCACGGGCUAGGCGGCGAAAACACCAAGCCCACCACAACACCGUUCGGCGUGAACCACAGCGUCUAUUCCUUCUGUCUACUCAACGUGCGAAGUACCGUCAAACAGCGGGCCUACUACCCCAUGAAAAGAUACUGGGAGGACGUCGAAUUCAACCACAUCGUCGACGAGAAGGGUCUGGUGGUGUGCAUGUUCCGGAAGUUUUCUCACUCCAAGAAGAACCUUCAGCCGCCCCACCUGCAAGGACCGCUAUUGUGCCCACCCUUUGCGUUCGAGCAUGGCGAUAUCGGCCUGGAUGUCCUAGAGGAAACUUACGAAAAAGUCCGGAGGGGUUCGACCAUGGUGAUUCCGACGGACUACUUGAACUCGCUGCUGAAAUACCUCUCGUGCCAUGUGCUAGGGUCGAUUUACGCCGAGGCUAUCGCAUACCCAAGCGACAGGCGUCGGGUUAUCCUGGUGGAUACGCCUUUCGAAGUCUUGCCUACCGUGCCAGAGCAGGGGAGCCCCAGGAUCGAGCUCCAGACUGUUCCCAAUUCUCAAGUUUUCCUCAUCAUGCUGCUGGGAGGGGUGAAAAAUCAGAGCUUGGGUCUCCUGAAACACGUCCUCACGGACAAGCUUGUCAAGCAGCAGCUCAAGGAGGUCGUGGUCGUGACUCGCCUGCCCCAACGCGAUGGCAGCACUGGGAAUCACAUCGGCGAAUGGCUGCAAGAGUUUAACGACCCGGAAUCGGUCGUCGAGGUCGGGUCCAAGAUUGUAAAACCAAAAGGGGGACGUCUCGGGCACGGAUUGCUCGUUCUGUCGUUCUCGUCGACAUCAGAACACCGGCGCGAAGACGAGAACAAACUCAUGGCCAUCCGAGAUUCGCCGCCAGACGAAGACGAGGACACGGACACGGAUGAGCCUCCGCCGCCUGGCUCGAAUGAAGUACAAUCGCAACCGCCACCGCGAAAGAGGGCAAAGAAGGAUGCCCCAAGAGCUGCAAUGUCUGCUGUCGUUCACUUUUCGCAAGCCAAGUUCGCAGAGACCAAGGCCGAAAACCUCGACAUGGAGGACACGGAGAUCGGAAUCGUGCUGGGCGAGAAAUGGAGAGGGGUCGAUGAGAACAUCAAAGCUCAGUUCCAGCGUAUAGCAGACGAUGAUUUGAAACGGUACGAGAAGGAAUUGAUCGAUUACAUGGCCAUCAACAAGGCUGCCAACGCCCGCGAUAAGGGAUGA